GUAGCUGGUCGCAAAGUGAUUGCAUGUAACUUGUGACGCCAACGUGUUGAAGUACAGAAAUGCUUUGAAAAUAGACUGUGUAAUUUGACAGUGUUCAUCAACUAACGCGGGAGAUUGGUGUAUCCUACCUGCUGUGUUGGGUGUCGAAUAAGCCAACAUCAUGGUGAAGGAACAAUUUAGGGAGACGGAUGUGGCGAAGAAAAUAAGCCACAUCUGUUUUGGGAUGAAAUCCGCAGAGCAGAUGCGGCAACAGGCGCACAUCCAGGUGGUCAGCAAAAACUUGUACAGUCAGGACACCAGUCACACGCCACUCUCUUAUGGAGUCCUGGACCACCGCAUGGGAACCAGUGAGAAGGAUCGGCCAUGUGAAACUUGUGGAAAGAACUUGGCGGACUGUCUUGGUCACUAUGGAUACCUGGACUUGGAGCUGCCCUGCUUCCACGUGGGCUACUUCAAAGCAAUCAUAGGAGUUUUGCAGAUGAUCUGCAAGACGUGCUCACACAUUAUGCUGUCCAAGGAGGAGAAGCUUCAGUUCAUGGAUACCCUGCGCCGGCCCGGUCUGGUCUACCUGCAAAAACGUGGCCUCAAGAAGAAGAUCUCAGACAAGUGCAGGAAGAGGACCGUCUGCCUCAACUGCAAUGCCUUCAAUGGGUCCGUGAAGAAAUGUGGCCUGCUGAAGAUCAUUCAUGAGAAGUACAAGACCAACAAGAAGGUGGUGGACCCCAUCGUGUCGGACUUCCUCAACUCCUUCGACAUCGCCAUCGAGCACAACAAGGAAGUAGAGGCCUUGCUGACAAGAGCUCAAGAGAACCUGAACCCGCUGGUGGUUAUGAACAUGUUCCGGCGUAUUCCGGCGGAGGACGUUCCACUGCUGCUGAUGAACCCGGAGUCGGGCAAGCCGGCGGACCUGAUCCUGACCCGGCUGCUGGUGCCGCCGCUCUGCAUACGGCCCUCCGUCGUCAGCGACCUCAAAUCCGGCACCAAUGAGGACGACCUGACCAUGAAGCUCACCGAGAUCAUCUUCCUCAACGACGUCAUCAAGAAGCAUCGCAUGUCGGGGGCGAAGACCCAGAUGAUAAUGGAGGACUGGGACUUCCUGCAGUUGCAGUGCGCCCUCUACAUCAACAGCGAGCUCUCCGGCAUCCCGCUCAACAUGGCGCCCAAGAAGUGGACCAGGGGCUUCGUACAGAGGCUCAAGGGCAAACAAGGGCGUUUCCGUGGAAACCUGUCGGGAAAGCGUGUGGACUUCUCAGGCAGGACGGUCAUCUCGCCCGACCCAAACCUGAGGAUUGACGAGGUGGCCGUGCCCAUUCACGUGGCCAAGAUUCUCACCUACCCUGAGAAGGUGAACAAGGCCAACAUUGAGCUGAUGAGGAAGCUGGUGAAGAACGGUCCGGAGGUGCACCCAGGAGCCAACUUCAUACAGCAGAGAUUCAACCAGAUGAAGAGGUUCCUGAGGUAUGGAAACCGUGAAAAGAUGGCCCAGGAGCUGAAAUUUGGGGACGUGGUGGAGCGUCACAUGAUCGACGGUGACAUCGUCCUCUUCAACCGACAGCCCUCCCUGCACAAGCUCAGCAUCAUGGCUCACAUUGCGCGAGUUAAGCCCCACCGGACAUUCCGCUUCAACGAGUGCGUGUGCACGCCCUACAAUGCCGACUUUGACGGGGACGAGAUGAACUUGCAUCUGCCCCAGACGGAAGAGGCCAAGGCAGAGGCUCUCGUACUCAUGGGGACCAAAGCCAACUUGGUGACCCCGCGUAAUGGGGAGCCGUUGAUUGCGGCCAUUCAGGACUUCCUCACAGGAGCCUACCUGCUGACCCUGAAGGACACCUUCUUUGAUCGCUCCAAAGCCUGCCAGAUUGUGGCCUCCAUCCUCGUGGGAAAAGAUGAGAAGAUCAAAAUCACUCUACCACGCCCCGCCAUCAUGAAGCCCAUGACCUUGUGGACGGGUAAGCAGAUCUUCAGCCUCAUCCUGAAGCCUGGCAACGCCUCCCAAGUGAAGGCCAACCUGCGCACCAAAGGCAAGCAGUACUGCGGCAAGGGAGAGGACCUCUGCUCCAAUGACUCAUUCGUGGUGAUCCAGAAUAGUGAGUUGAUGUGCGGGAGCAUGGACAAGGGCACGCUGGGCUCGGGCUCCAAAAACAACAUCUUCUACAUCCUGCUGAGGGACUGGGGACAGAUGGAGGCUGCCAACGCCAUGUCCCGCCUGGCUCGCCUUGCACCCGUCUACCUGUCCAACAGGGGUUUCUCCAUUGGCAUCGGAGACGUGACUCCGGGCCAGGGUCUGCUGAAGGCCAAGCAGGACCUUCUGGACGCCGGCUACAAGAAGUGUGAUGAGUACAUUGAGGCCCUCAACACCGGCAAGCUGCAACCACAGCCUGGCUGCACCCCGGAGGAAACACUAGAGGCCCUGAUUCUGAAGGAGCUGUCUGUCAUUCGAGAUCAUGCUGGUAGUGCCUGCCUCAGGGAGCUGGACAAAAGCAACAGCCCUCUCGUCAUGGCACUGUGUGGAUCUAAAGGGUCCUUCAUCAACAUCUCUCAGAUGAUUGCUUGUGUAGGCCAGCAGGCCAUCAGUGGAUCACGUGUACCCGAUGGCUUUGAGAACCGAUCGUUGCCCCACUUCGAUAAGCACUCCAAGCUUCCUGCCGCUAAGGGUUUUGUGGCUGACAGCUUCUACUCAGGUUUGACUCCCACUGAGUUCUUCUUCCACACCAUGGCUGGCAGAGAGGGUCUGGUGGACACUGCUGUCAAGACCGCCGAGACUGGAUACAUGCAGAGACGUCUGGUCAAGUCUUUGGAAGACCUGUGUUCCCAGUACGACCUGACGGUGCGCAGCUCCACAGGUGACAUCAUCCAGUUCAUCUACGGCGGAGAUGGGCUCGACCCGGCAGCCAUGGAGGGCAAAGACGAGCCGCUCGAGUUCAAGAGGGUCCUCGACAACAUCAGGGCGGUGUACACGUGUCCAGAUGAGCCUGCACUGAGUAGGAAUGAGCUGGUGUUGACUGCGGAGUCCAUCAUGAAGAAGGCUGACUUCCUCUGCUGCAGGGACACCUUCCUAGACGAAUUAACUGAUACCGGAUGUGAUAAGUACCUGGAGGAAAUAAAGAAGUUCAUCAAAUCGGUGUCUGAGAAGAUCAAGAAGACUCGUGACAAAUACGGCAUAAACGACAACGGCACAACUGAGCCAAAAGUUCUCUACCAGCUUGACCGGAUCACUCCAACCCAGCUGGAGAAGUUUCUUGAGACGUGCAGAGACAAAUACAUGAGGGCGCAGAUGGAGCCGGGUUCUGCGGUGGGGGCCCUGUGUGCCCAGAGCAUUGGGGAGCCCGGCACCCAGAUGACCCUGAAGACCUUUCACUUCGCUGGGGUCGCCUCCAUGAACAUCACCCUUGGUGUGCCUCGCAUCAAGGAGAUCAUCAACGCCUCCAAGAACAUCAGCACACCCAUCAUCACCGCUCACCUAGACGUUGAGGACGAUGCAGACUUUGCUCGCCUCGUCAAGGGCCGCAUCGAGAAGACACUGCUGGGAGAGAUCUCAGAGUACAUCGAGGAGGUGUUUCUGCCAGACGACUGCUUCAUCCUGGUCAAGCUCUCGCUGGAGAGGAUUCGUCUGCUGCGCCUGGAGGUGAAUGCGGAGACGGUGCGCUACUCCAUCUGCAUGUCCAAGCUGCGAGUGAAGCCGGGUGACAUCGCGGUGCACGGGGAGGCGGUGGUGUGUGUCUCUCCACGCGAGAACAGCAAGAGCUCCAUGUACUAUGUACUGCAGUCCCUCAAGGAGGACCUACCCAAGGUGGUGGUGCAGGGCAUCCCGGAGGUGGCGCGUGCCGUGAUCCACAUCGACGAGCAGCAGAGCAAGCAGAAGUUCAAGCUGCUGGUGGAGGGAGACAACCUGCGCAGCGUCAUGGCAACGCACGGCGUCAACGGCAGCCGCACCACCUCCAACAACACCUACGAGGUUGAGAAGACACUGGGUAUCGAGGCGGCCCGCACCACCAUCAUCAACGAGAUCCAGUACACCAUGAUCAAUCACGGCAUGAGCAUUGACCGGCGACACGUCAUGCUGUUAGCAGACCUCAUGUCCUACAAGGGUGAGAUCUUGGGCAUAACCCGCUUCGGCCUGGCCAAGAUGAAGGAGAGCGUGUUGAUGUUGGCCUCUUUUGAGAAGACGGCCGACCACCUGUUUGAUGCCGCAUACUUUGGACAAUCCGACUCCGUCUGUGGUGUGUCUGAAUGUAUCAUAAUGGGCAUCCCCAUGAACAUUGGCACCGGCCUCUUCAAGCUUUUGCAUCGGGCCGACAAGGACCCCAAACCGCCCCGACGCCCCCUCCUCUUCGACAACCCCGACUUCCACACCCCCUUCCACAAGUAGAAAGAACCACCUCAAACUAUUUUCCAACCCACACCACCCCAGGGACACAAACACACACACACACACACACACACACACACACACACACACACACACACACACACACACCUGCUUUUACAUGUAGAAAGAACCACAUUAACCUGUUCUCCACCCCAUCCUUGCACAUUCACAAACGCACACCCUUUCACAGAGAAAAACACCACAAUAUACUCCUCAUCUCACACCCCUUUCCAGAAACGGCUUAACUCUACCCUUGGUCAGGUCCUCACAUGUACUGUUUUCAGGCAGACUAGAACGAUGGUGGCAGUGCCCGUUCCCACACCAGUUGCGCUCUGAACUAAAGUGCUUAUCUGCAAACCACCCGCGUUCAUGUCGGGCACUGAACUUUUCCGUUGAUGAAGCUACCACAUUCACUACCACCCCACCGUGCACUUUCCCACAUCCAGAGCACCCUCAACAGAUAUGGAGAACCACUGCAUUGGGGCACUGUCCUCAAUCUUCCCACCACCUACACCUACAGAACCUGACACUCCAGCCUUCCACAUACACACACCUACACCUUCUUCCACACACAAUCACCCCCUGCCCUCUCCACACGCAUGGAGUCAUCCACAUGGCAAAGGUCCACAGCCUUAUAUCACUCACCAUGAGUUCCGUAUCCCUGCUCUCAUCGAAACCUUGAAAACCACCAUAUGGAGUUAAAGAUCCACUGGUACCAAAGUUCCACCAGGCAGCACCCCCAGGUCAAUGACGUUUCAGUUGUAGCACACGUCAGGGUGCUGCAACCACAGUCAAUGCCCCUAGUGUAUGGACUCAUUUUUUUGUUUUUUAGUGGAUUAUCUAAAAAGCAUCUUCAUUGUAGUACAUGAAUUGCCAAUUACUACUUAAUUUAUAGGCGAUUAGCUGUGGUUGUACCACCUGACCUCAUUGACCCACCCCUCAUCAGCCAGCCAGCCUCGUUUUCCUUUUCCUCACCUAAAGCACCAGCACCAUGGUGGACAGGUUGGGUGAUGACAAUCCGCCAUCUGGCAAUUUCCCUUCCCACUACCUACGUAUAACACCGACACAAUGGAGGGGGGGACAAAUUCGCACCCUCAGAAGUCAUCUCUUCCAAUUAUAUCCAUUAGAGGUGUUGGAGGGACUGGAUGGGGAAAUAGCAAGGCAUGGGAGCAAGCUGUGCUCUGGGAAGGUGAGAGCGUGGAGAGGAUAUUUCCGGUGUGGUUAUCUGACGGUAAAAGAAGCGGGUAUGGAGACAGAUGCCGAUAAGGGAGGACAUGUUCAGUGUGAAUGUGAUACUGUAUCAUUUCCGGAAAAUGGCAAAGGUCCACAUCCUUGUUCACUCACCAUGGGUUCCGUAUCCCUGCUCUCAUCGGAACCUUGAAAACCACCAGAUGGAGUUAACGAUCCACUGGCACCAAAGUUCCUCUAGGCGGCACCCGGGUCGAUGAGUUUUCAGUUGUACCACUCGUCAGCACCCCCACUGGCCAGUUACCCCGUUUCACCCUCUACAAAUAACACAGUGGGGGUACAAGUUGUCACCUAAAACACUAGAACACUGACACAAUGGUGGGGGGUGUUAAGCGCUGACAAACUGCCCCCUCAGGAGUCAAGUCUCCCAAUUAUAUCCAUCACGUGCCCCCUGUUGGGAUUUUAGGUGUUGAGGGGACUGGAUGGAGGGGGGGAGGGGGGCUGUGAAUGAAUGUGGCCUGAGGAAAUAACGAGGCACGGGAGCAAGCUGUGCUCUGGGAAGGUGGUGCGGUGAAGAUAUUUCCAGUGUGAUCAUCUGAGGGUAAGAGAAUAGAGAGGGCAUGUGAGGAUAUUGUGUUCAGUGCUCUCAGCUCUGCCAUACGGGUAUAGAGGCCGAUGACGACAGGGAAGGACAUGUUCAGUGUUAAUGUUAUACUGUAUCAUUUCUGGAAAUAAGCUCACUUUGCACCGCUCCUUCAGUUAAUAGAUUGAAUUUUUAAACUUUCUUCUGGUCUUUCAGCCAUUCUCUUUCUCUGGUGAUGCUACUUCUCAAACUAACAAUUAUCAUUGAAUCUUAUGGGGUCCUGCUAGCUAAUGGUAUAUGCCAGCUUGGAUGUAAAAUUUGCACUGCCAGACUCUGAGAACAGUUGGAAGUACAGGAGAAAGGUAAAAACUCAACUAUUACUCACGUUUUUUCAUGUUCAGACAGUCAUGAAUCAGGGUUGUCCAUGGCUGCUGUUUUUUGCCCCUUUUUUGUUGCAGAAGUAGUCCUUCAUGCCCAGCAUUGAAGGGAAAUCUAGACUUUGAUCAAGGUCAAACAUUUGGAGUGUUCCUUUUCUACACAGAAUAUGAAAGUGGCAACUGGCAAGGACAUUUGGUUUGCCUGCUCGUCUGUGUGACUGUUCAUCUUGACAGACAUUUAGAAGGUCAUUGAGAGGGUUAUUCUUUCAAACACACUUUCCGCUUCAGGGAAGAUUUGAAUGUGAUAAGGAUCACCUUAUUUCUAAGGGUCUAACGAUCACCUUAUCUCUGGUCAUGGACACUCGUUUCACUGUAACACCCACAUGUCAUGUUUUCGUCAUUUUCAUUGUGCCUUUUGUUAUGUCCCCUAGGAGCAAUGCACUUGCUGGUGCAUUAUGUUUUGGAUUAGUAGGAAUUAUUAUGUAACUAUACCUACAUUGUGGUCGCUUGUCGUGUUUUUUGUUUUUACUUUUUUGCUGUAUGCGUGUGCGUGUCUGCCGAUGAGGUACAUAAAAUGAAACGGUGCUGUCAAUGCACUGUUGCAGUUCCUGUGUUCACAAUGUCCUUGAUGGACCUUUCAGCCUAUUUUCUUAUUUUUUCUACUGUAUUAAUGGCUCUGCUUUGAGGUGGUGAUGAAACACUGGGCAACUUUUAUGGCAAUGUUUCUGUUCUGGGAAGCAGCAUGAUUUGGCUACGUAGUUUUCAGAUGGGACUAUUACCGCAAGUUGUUCCUUGCUGGUCUGAAGAUCAUAUUAUUAUUAUAUUAUUAUUGUUGUGUUAUUAUUGCCUAAUAUGACCGGUUAAGUUACCCAAGUGACAUGUUUAUGUAUUGUUUCCAGGCAACGUUGCUCAAAAUGUUGCCCAGUGUUUUUAUCUUUUGAGUUGAGUUAAUUAUCUUACACUUAAACGCACUGUCGAAGUUGCUGGAUUCAGCAAGUUAGUGAAUGCCCUUCAUCUAACUAACAUGUUUUUGUUUGUUUUGAUUUUUUUUUUCUUCAAUACCUGCUAUUUACGGCAUUGCUAUGGAGUUAAUUUGCUUUCUUCUCCCUAACAACCUGUGAGGGGUGUUCAGAGAUAUUAGUAUGGUUAUGAAG